CUUCAAUAACAAAUGUUGGUUUGGUUCAAAAUAAUCCAUAGUUAUGUUCAAAUAUCCUCUGUUUUGUUCAUGCGUUCAAGACACUAUCCGAAAGGGUAAAGAAGGGUGACGCGCCCGACGCGUUUCGUGACAAAAAAAUUCUAAAUAUUCCAUUAAUUAUUGGUUGCAUAAUUAAUUAUUGUCAUCAACUAUACCAAUCAAAAUACAUUUUUACUGAUAAAAAGUAUAUAUGAUUAGAUACAUGGGGAAUGUUCUGCAGGUCAAUAAUCAAGAAAGAGAAGAGGCAAGAAUAUUUAGAAUUUGACCUGAAAAAUAUAUUUUCUGUAAAUACAACACAAAAUCAUUUAUGGAUUUAAGCAAAACUUCCUCGGCAUGUAGAUAACCAAGCAUUAGCACAUUGAAUAACAGCUUUCUAAGUUAUUCCUAAUGGUAUAAAUAGUGUUACUUUGUUACCUGGUCCCUCCUACAUAGAAUGUUCAACAAUUGUUCUUUAUCUUACUCUUAAAUCUUUUAUGUUGUUGUAGAUUUCUUAAAAGUCUUUUGAAAUAUUAGCUGGAUCAAAAUAGGACAAACCUAAAUGCCAUGCUCCUUCUUAUCUGUUUAUGCAUUGGUGUAAGCCAAUGUAAAUUACCUAAAUGACUUUUGACCAAAACAAUAUCUCUAUCAUGUAAUGUAUAAUAUAUUCUAUUUUUCUAUGUGCAAGAUGAAAAAUACAUGUAUUUCGACACAAACAAAUAGUACUUUUAGUUUUAAAAAACUUUACAGAAGUGACAGACAACAAAUAUCCAUGGGAAACAGCCGCGGGGUGGGGGGGGGGGGAUCCCACAUAGGACAGAAUGCAGCCCUCCGCUCACGCAGUUAUAAAUAACAUUGCUUCUUUGUGUGGUGGUGCGCUUGGUGCUCUGAUUGACCGACUUGUACAGUAGUCCCGGACCCUUUUGCCCCUCAAGAGGUUGUGAUUGGUCAAGGGCUAGCCUGUCUGAGCGCAGACCAGAUCCGAUGAGCAACAAGAACGACGACAGCUGAAAUCAACAGAGUAGAAAGACUGCGGUCCCACACAGACUUGCACAGUUCAGUCAUUCCUUUGAAGGGUGCCUUCGGACAAAACCGUUUGCUGUUCCCGCUCAGCGUCGAAAUACUUAGAGAACUCAGUGGUCCAAUCCACUCUCUCAUACUGUCUCAGUGGCUGCUUGAUAGGGAGGGUGUGAUGAUGACUGGCUGGCCCCUCCUUGCUGCAGGGCUGUACUCAGUGCUGUCCCAGGUGGUUCUGGUCCGAGGCUGUCCGGACUCCUGUAAGGAAUGCUCAGGGCCUCAGAAUGACCUGUGUCUGGAGUGCAGAACAGGCUGGACCCUCCAUGACAACACAUGUGUAGACAUAGAUGAGUGUGGCACAGAGCUGGGCCAGUGUCCCCCCAACACUUACUGCUUCAAUACAGAAGGCAACUAUCAGUGCAAAGGCUGUGACCAGGCCUGUGUAGGCUGUAUGGGUGCUGGGCCAGCUCGCUGCAGGAAGUGUGCUGCUGGCUACAGACUAACCGGAGCCAAGUGUUUAGAUAUAGAUGAAUGCAGUGAGCGGGUUCUGGCGUGUUCAGGGCUGGAUGAGAUCUGUACCAAUUUGGAUGGUUCUUUCCAUUGUGACUGUGCUGAAGGCUUCACACGCAAAAACAACGUCUGUGUGCAGAAAAAGCUACCCAGAGGUGUGGGUGAGAAGGGUCUGUUUGAGGACGUCCAGGAUGAAGAGGUGGAGGUUCUCCAGCAGAUGUUCUUUGGGGUGCUGCUCUGUGCUUUGGCCACCCUGGCUGCUAAAGGAGACAUGGUCUUCACCUCCAUCUUCAUGGGUGGAGUGGCGGCCAUGGCUGGAUACUGGCUCAUAGACAGGGGAGACCGAGUACUGGACAGCUUUCUGAAGGGACGCUAGAGCUACACUGCUAUUAAGGACUUAUUACCAUAACCUGUUGGUGGGUAUAUGCAUAUAGGAAAUGUUUAAUUGACAUUAACACCAAUCAGACUCUAGCCUGGGUGCCAGUUUGUUUAUGCUCUCUUGCCAACUCCUCAUGAAAUUGUGUAAACAUGGCAAUUGCUUAAGGAGUUGGCAAGAGAGUAGAAACCGACUGGCACCCAGGCUAAACAGACUAUUACAUAUAAUUUGUAAAUAAAUAAAGAUCCCUGAGACAAACUGUCAUUUUACAAGCUUAAAUAAUAAACAUUGCUGUGGGCACCUUGUCUUUAACACUAUCAUGCUCUCAAUUUCAACAAAGAUUAUAGAUUGGACGCUUGGUCUCAUAAAACGGUGUUAAACAAAACAUUUAAAAUAAAAUGUGUCUCUGUGUGUAUGUGCGUGUGUGUAUAUACACUGAGUGUUCAAAACGUUAUGAACACCUGCUCUUUCCAUGACAUCGACUGGUGAAAGCUGUGAUCCCUUAUUGAUGCCUCUUGUUAAAUCCACUUCAAGCAUUGUAGAUGAAGGGGAGGAGACAGGUUAAAGAAGGAUUUUUAAGCCUUGAGACAAUUGAGACAUCAAUUGUGUGUUUGCCACUCAGAGGGUGAAUGGGAAAGACAAAAUAUUUAAUUGCCUUUGAACGGGGUAUGGUAGUACGUGCCAGGUGCACCGGUUUGUGUCAAGAACUCCAACGCUGCUGGGUUUUUCAUGCUCAACAGUUUCCCAUGUGUAUCAAGAAUGGUCCACCACCCCAAAGGACAUCCAUCCAACUUGACACAACUGUGGGAAACCUUGGAGUCAGCAUCCCUGUGGAACACUUUCAACACCUUGUAGAGUCUAUGCCCCUAAUGCUAGUUAGUAACUUACUUCAAACUGGGGGGAGGGGUAUUCUUAAUGUUUUGUACAGUCAAUGUAUGUAUGUACACUAUGCAUAGUAAGUUAUCAAUUUCAAAAGAAAAAUGACAGUCUCAAAGAUGCAUUAAAUGUUAAAAUACAA